UGUGUCUAUGAGCGUUUUGUGGUCAUUCUGUGUCUAUGAGCGCUUUUUUCUUUUUUAGUCUCUCUGAGGAACUUCCUCGUUGUUUUGAGUUUCUUUGAGUAACAUUUUGUGGGCCGUAUAUUUUUGACAGUCGAAAAUGAAUGAAGUUAUUCCUCCACUGAUCACAUAUUUCCUGCUCGGCUCAUUCAAGCAGAAGUUUCUGAGUCUGGAUCUGAAGCUGCAGCACGAGGAGAAAUAGCCCCCAGAUGCAGUUUUACGACCCCUCGGGCAAAGACGGUAUUUCAGGAGCUCAUUGGUCCCAAAGUUCCUCAACACCAUAAAAGAGGAACCUCCGAAUCCCCGUCCGGCUCAUAUAAACCCCCCCAGAUGUCACUUUGUUUUUGUCCGUGACUCCCUCUGUGUCCUCCACGUCUGUUCGCCUCUCGUCGCUCUGUGGAGUUUGAAACUAAAAAGAAGCCAAGAUGUCUGAGGUAAAGAAGAUGUCAUCGAGCCGCAGGCAUCAUCUCAAGAGUUUGAUCCUCUCUAUCGCUGCUACGUGGAUGGAGGAGGAAACCGCUGAGAUAAUUGCGGCUAAAGCGGCUUAUCUGAGCGAACAUUGUGUCAAACCCGACCUGAGCGGAGAUCAGGCGGCUCUCAUGGAAAUCUGCAAAAAGAUACACCACUUAUUGGACAAGAUCGAUGAAGAAAGAUACGACUCCGAGUCCAAAGUGACAAAGAGCGACAAAGAGAUUGAGGAUCUGAAGAUGAAGGUGGUGGAGUUGGCCGGCGUGAAGAAGCCCGCUCUGAAGAAGGUCCGUAUGUCCGCUGACUCCAUGCUGCAGGCUCUGCUGGGAGGAAAACACAAGGUGACCAUGGAUCUGAGGUCCAACCUGAAGCAGGUCAAGAAGGAGGUCAAAGAGGAGCCUGCAGAGGCGGCGGGGCGACUGGCGUAAGAACAUCGAGGAUAAGGCCGACAGGAAGAAGAUGUUUGAGACCGCCUAAAGACUUUCACUUCCUGUGCUAAUCUUUGUUACACUUCAGCUUUUCCAUGCAAAAACUAACCUGUGCCAUUAAAUUAUGUUUGGAAGAAGGCAA